UCAUUUUCAUUCCCAUAAGCACAUAAAUAAAUAGAGAGAGAGAGGGAGAGAGACACUAGUGAUCAAAAAUGAACGCCACCACCACAGGCAUGAAUGGCAUGAAGCAAAUGCACCACAAAAUGAUGAACCACAUGACAUUUUCAUGGGGCAAGAACUCAGAGAGCCUAAACUCAUACAUACUAAACUUGGCUUCCAUAUUUAUGCUUUCCAUGUUGGUGGAGUCUCUCUCCCACACCCGUCUUAUUCACUCCGGCAUGAACAAUGUUGCGGCUGGGCUUCUACAGACUCUAAUGUAUGGCGUUCGAAUCGGACUCGCUUAUUUGGUGAUGCUUGCUGUCAUGUCCUUCAACAUCGGAAUCUUGCUCGCCGCCGUCGCCGGAUAUUCCGUCGGAUUCUUAAUCUUCGGUAGCCGAUUGUUUGAUAAAUCGGAGACCGCGGCGUAUCAAAAACCGACCGAUCUUCCUCCGUUGAAUUGCUGAUUUUUUAAGGCAAGAGUGUGUUUUAUUGUAACUUUGUAAGAUGCAAUUAUUGUUUAUGAAUUUGAACAAAAUGUUAAGUAUAAGGUUAAAAUUAAGCUAUUUGAAAGUAUAGGAAUUCAUUGGCUUAAUUUGCCAUUUUAAUUUUGUUUGGAAUUGUUUAUGUGAUCUUUUUUUAAAUAAAGAAAUGAAUAUGGACAAAUGGACAUCUGCCGUGAUGUAAUUCAAUAUUAA